GCCACGAAACACACGCCACAAACGCCACUGUUUGUUCCACUAACACCACGAACACGCAGACCAACAAUUAGAAUAUUUUUAAAACAAAAAAUCAAACAACACCACACGCACUCUCUCCUUCUCACACACUCUAACACACCAGACAGAAGGCAAAACGAAAUCAUUGUUGUUCUUUCGACGAGAGUAAAGAAUGGUAUGGGUCUAAGAAACAUUAAUGCUGGACGGCGACGGACGGUGCCGUACUAGGAGCCCAGCAGUGGAAGCACCUGCUGAGUGUGUCGCGAGUCGCGAAAGUGGCUUCAGAAAAGCUCAAAUUAAUCCCUAUAUGGAUCACGAUUAUGAAGCGGAUCAGUUGCCCCCACCCCAGUUAUCUUCGCCAGAGCAACAGCCAGUAGAGCAGUUGGUUUGAACUCUUAGCUGAAGGAAAGGAUCGGUGCCGUUCCACAGUACGAUUCAGUUACACCUUCCUCCAUCUAGCUGCCAGCUGGGAUUAGUUGGUCUAUGAAUCGGACCCGCGUUUUCGAUGCGAGAGUUGCUUGGUACGAAAAUAUUCGCACCCAGAAAUGAGGAAGUCUCUUCCAGACGUUAAGGAUGCUGGGGGGUGCAGCAAGACAAAGAAUGUUGAGAAGACUAGAGCACUAGGAGUCUGUAUAGGCGUGUAGGUUCAUUUGAAUUGACAUUUCUUCAGGCCAUGAUGAAAACCAUUUUCUUCGUUUCUCCAGAACAUAACGGAAUGUAAAGGCGAAUGAACCAGAGUCGGAGGAGGAGUAGGAGAGCGUGAGAAAGUAGCUGAAGUGUUUGAAAAAGUAGAAAUCGGAAACAGACAUCAACAACGGGCAACCUUUAUUCGACUGACGUAGUGGUUAUCGGCAUUUCCAAUAGUUUUGUAGUGAAACCGGCGAGUGAAAGUGAGGAGGAAAGCGUGGUCGAAGGGCCAGUGGUGCAAACUAAGCAUUAAUCUCGUUUCGAUUGUAGUGGACAUAAAACAUGAGGCAAGUACGAGGUGGUGCCGCCCUGUUGCUUUAUCGAAUUAGUCGAAUGUGUUACGUGUAGUGCAGCGAGUGGCAGGCAGGCAGGCAGCCGGGGGGGCGAUCGCUGUUUGCUGAACAUACAAUGUAGCUUAUGUAUUAUGCAGGCCUAAAACGCCGAGACAGAUGAGAGACAGAGAGACAGAGAGAAAGAAAGAGAGAGCUUUUGAUACAUUUACCAGUUAGCAUUGGUCGCCAUCCUCCCCUCCCUCCGGGGGGGCGGUGCAACCAAGGACACCAUUCCGGUGCCGGGGGUUCCGUGUUUCGAAGGAUCUUGCGCGAAAAAAUAGAAACCCAAACGAUACCAGAACGACACCGGCGCACGCAGACCGAGCGCAAGGUGAUUGGUGAACGUCAACAGGCCACGAUCGGUAGAUCAGCAUAGAUCGCUUGUUCGCGCGUUUUAUAAUGUCUGUUCCACACAGCGACUGCGCUUCACCGAUGCGCCACUCAUGCACAGCUUACAGAAUGCAAAAACAAAGGGAUAGAAGGAAACGAGAGCUUCGCUUCGAAAGAGAGAACGAGAGAAUUGAGUCCGUGAUAGAACCGUUCUCGAUCCGUUACGCGAGAGAUCCAGAGACGCGAUUCCUGCGAUUUGUUACGCCGUUACGCGGUGCUACAGCCCUACUGCCGCAGAGGGUUGUCGGCGAAAGGUUUGUUCCACUUUUGGGUUUUAAUCAUGGAUAUCCUUUUUCCGUUCAGUUAAUGGCGGCAGCUACACAUGAAAUUCCUAUGCUCAUGCAAACCGGGAAAAGGGUGAGCGCCGUAGCGAGAUGCGCAGGACAAGGCGACAAUGCUACUGCGAGCGAGAACACAACUGCAAUGAAAGUCUUAUGACAACAGAAGACAGAGCGGAAACUAUAUACACACGCGCAUUAUAUUAUACAUCUACCUAGGUAAGCAGAAUAGAAGACAAAGCAAAACAGCUUCUUAAGCAUAAGAAAACGCGGUCAAGCGGUCAAGCAGCAAGUAUUAGCGAAGAAGGCGAACGAGAUGCGCACGAAGCUAGCGCAGCGUGUUGAUCUGUAUACACGAGAUCACGAGGUGUGCAACCAUACAAGCAGAAGCAAAACGUAAUCCUAAGCAAACGAGGGGUAAGAAGCGGUAAAAAAAAAGCAAAGUGUUCAACACAGGCCCAGUAGUCGAAAGCUCACAGUGGUCGGCUUAUACAGUGUACAUAGCAGUUGUCAUUGGUUUAUAUCUGUAUAAUCACUACCGUAAACUACUCAGAAUACACAGAGCCACUGAAUGGGGAGGAAAUGGGGGGGGCGACGGGGGGUACAGAAAGCAAAGCAGGCGUCGUACAGCAGGAAAGGCUGCUUGCUGGUGGUACUAACUGCUGUGCCAAAAGGGAACUGAGCGCGGAACAGCAGCUUGCGAGGCAACAUAUUUUAAUGUGUGUGCGAGGCAUAUCGUUAUCGUAACCGAAUGUGUCGAAAGCCGAAAGCUUAACUACCCCCACCUCACCCUCAACCCCCACCACAUCCUCGCUGGAAAAAAAAACACUGGAAACAUAUUCAACAAACAUCCAAUCCAAAUCCAAUCGUAUUUGCAACUAGAAACCACCACCACUAUAUUUGUAGCAAUCACUUCCGGCGACAACCGCGAAUUCGGUGCAAGAAUUCGUAGAUAAGAGAGAUAGGAGAGAGAGAGAGAAGCAACUCCAGCGGAUACUCGCCGGUGCAGCUAACGUGAAUGUAGUACCAGAGGGACACACCCGCGUGUGUGUCUCGAAUGCCAACCGCUUUACGAUAGUUACCGAGCAGGGGCAUGAGGACAGGGAGGGCCGUGACGCUGCUGCUGCUCCACCAUCCUGCUCGACGCAAUUAUCCCUUAAUCCGAUGGCUGUUUUAUGAGAUGAUUAGAAAACGCGCCGGAAGCGAAGCAAAGCAAAUCAACGUGCAUCAUCAUAAGAUAGAGUAUAGCGUACAGGCAGGCAGCGAGCGAUACCGGAGAUGAUAGCAGAAGAAAAAAAAACAUAUUUAGCAUAAAACGAAAGA